AUGACAUAUAUAACUAUUAGCACUAAUGGCGGGAGCCUCCAGUCUAAGUUUGAUGAGUUCGCAGAGAAAUAUUAUAAUUACUUGGAUGAUAUACAAGAAAAAAUUAAUAAUUUAGAAAAAAAAAGGGAUGUCAAUAUCUGCAAUGCGUGUGAACAAAUAAAUGAAUAUACAAAAAAAAUAAUAGAUGAUUUAAAGGAGAGUUAUACGGAAGAGUAUGCGCUUUUUGAUUUAUACAAUGAAGAUAACAUAAAGAGAUUUAUAGAAAGAUGUUCCAAUAAGCAUAAUUGUGAUAGAAAUACUGAACCACAUGAUGAAGGAAUUAUUGAAACAAAACCAGGAAAAAUAUUUUUACAAGAUAAAAAUGAAAGACAUUCUAAUGUGGAAGAAUCGGUUCAACAAAGCAAAGUCUCACAGACCGCAGAUCAAGUAUAUCCUAUCACUAAUCCUAAUGUAAGUAAAAAUGAAGGAUCUAAAUUUAUACCUAAACAACAUUCAAGUGAACCUGUGAGUGCAGAUAGUUCAACACAAUCUGUUUAUAUCUUAGAUCAUUUGACGGGAACACAAUUUCAUAACAAGGCAAAUUCAGAACCUUCAGAACUAAACGUUACUAAGCAAACUGAUGUAGAUAGUGAACUGGAAAAAAAUAUUCUGGAUCAUAAUACAAUUAAAAAUAAUUUAGCUGAUUCUCAAAAUACUGAUGGAAACAGUGCUAUCACCCAGGACCCUGUCGUUCAGAAUGGUGAUACAGAUAUAUCUGAUGAUAUAUCUGUUGUUGACACACAAUUUGUGCCUUCCGUAAUACUUCAUAAUGGAGAAUCUGUUCAUCAAACUACUAAUUCGCUGGACACUAAUGAUAUAGAACCUAGUCAAUCAGACGUUGAUCGUAUAUCGGCUAUGCAUUCAGAGAGUGAUGAUGCAAUUGUUGGUAGGAACAUUUCCAAGGAUGUUACUUCUAAUGACAAGGGGAAUAGUCUAUUAUCUCAUGUACAUGAAGAUGCUCAUGAAAAAGUUACGCGAGCUCAAGAUGUCAAUCGUAAAAGUGAUGAUGAAGAAGUUUCUGGUGGUGGACUUGAUGAUAAUGAUGUUGUUAGUGGUCAGGACGCUGGUAUCAAAGGUACUGAAGAAUUAGUUGCUCUUAAUGUACCCCAUAAAAAUAUAAGUGCACACGGUGAUAACCUUAAUGUUAACAGUACUGAUCCUGGGAUAAUUACUGUUAGUAAAACUCUUGGUAGUAUAACUAAUUUUAGUAUUUUACCUGGUAAAACGAAAAAUAAUUCUGUAAACUGUCAUUUAAAAUAUCCUGCAGAUAAAUCACUUCCUUAUUAUGCUGACACUUCGUUUCGUUUUUAA